CACUGGAGUUAUUAGACGGCUGUUAAUGAACUGUUAUUUUCAGUGUGUCUGAGAGCGCCUUCGUCCCGACCGCCGGAAGUCUGCAUGAAGCUGCGUCUCCUACAGAGGCGACGGCGUUUUUUUCACUCUUCGUUUUUUUUUUUAUUCGAGACUUUUUUUCUCUUUUUUUAUUUUCUCUGAGAGAGAUGAGCAGGGAGUGAGGAAUGGAGGCGUAGAGAGGAAGAGUGUUUGUGUUUACUUAGCGGCAAGCUAGUUAAGCAUAUGAUUAUACAGGCCUCCUUGUUGCAAGAGCAAGCCAGCGAACAAAAGCAGAACAUUAAUGGAGGCGAGUUAGCUAGCUCCCCUUGUCUUGUUGCGUUAAACAGCUAACGCCAUGUUUGUUUAUAACACAGAUAGCUCAUUAAGCCUUUGGCAGCUGGUUAGUUGCAGUGUGACUCAUAUGCUGAGUGCUUUGCAAAGGGUUCCCACGUUAAACCGUGUUAUGACAAAUUCGUAUUUACAUUAUUUCCUCUAUUACUGCUUACGCAAGCUAGCAGUUUUGUAGCCAGCUAGUGCCCCUCGUCUAACAUGGCUCUCAGAGCACUGAAACAUUGACUUUUUAUAACACUGAUAAUGUAAAGUUAAUAACUACACCCUAUUCCAACUUGUUUAAUUUUCCUUAGAUCUUGCCAUAUUAUUUAUCUGAAGGCUGUGCACCUGGGGAGGGGAGAAAGGGGCUCAUGAAUACAGCCUAAAACAUGCAUUGAGUUAUGCAUUGCGAAUGUUUUGCAUGUAUUAUACUGUUACCUCAGGUGUCUCAGAGUUUAUUUGAUUAGUCUAUGAGGUUGUUAUGUUGAACUUUAAUUGUCAUGGGCCUAUGAUCCCUUCAAUGUCCUAACAGUUAUAAGUUAUUGUUAUAAGUUAUGAUUUCAGAUAUCAGUUCAGCUUUACUAACAUGUUAUUACACGCUUGCUUUUCUCGGCAUGUUAGCACAAUGGCUAUGCAUGGCAUUCACAAUCUUCACAUGCAUACAGAAACUCAUACCUCGGAACUUCUUCUUUAACUAUUGGUCUGUAACAGUAGCAAAGUAUGUGGAAAUAAAGUGCAAAUGCAUGCAAAAAUAGAACAAUGAAACUAUGAAAUUUCCUUCCUUGUGCUACAGAAAACAUGUUGCCUAUGUGUCAGUGGGAGAUGAUCGGGAAACAGAAGAUCAGAGAAAUAAUGGACGAUUCCCAUUUCAACUCAUCAUACUUUUGGUCUCCCGUCCCCACUGUACAAGGACAGAUCGAGAACGCCAUGUUCCUGAACAAGGCGAAGGAGCAGCUGGGUCAUGAGAAGGCCAAUGCGUCCUCCUUCCAACACACCUCUGCCUCCUCCACCUCCUCCCCCCACUACCCCACGGCGGUGCUCGCCAUCCCCGGCUCAGUGGAUACAGGGUCCGGAGUGCGGUUGGUCCCCAAACAGGAAGGAGGUGGCGGUGUAGGAGGGGGAGGUGUUGGCAGCGUCGGUAUGAGUGCACUUGGCGGACACCUACACCAGGCACACACCACCCAGAACAUCACCGUCGUGCCUGUGUCCUCUACAGGUAUAAUGACUGCAGCGGGGUUAGUGAUCACCACCCCUCAAGGCACUCUGGUCCCCACCGCUUCCACCCAGUCAUUUGUAGCCGGACACCCCGCUGCGACCACCAUGAUCGUAUCUGCAUUGCACCAAUCUAAUGCAGACAAGAAGGAGGACAUUGCUGUCCCACCCGUCAUGCCAUCAAAGCGAGGCAGGAAGAGCAAACAGAUGAUGGGCAGAAUGGCCGGAAUGGGGAGGGUCCUCCCUCCAGGAAGUGAUGCAUUAAUAUUGGCACACUUGGCGGCUGGUGGACAGCACCACAAUGCUGAUCCAUAUGACCUGUCAAAUGACGAGGACGAACAUACCAACAAAGAUGGCCCUAAAUCAUACAGGUGUCGGAUGUGUGCAGUGACGUUCUUCAGCAAGUCAGACAUGCAGAUCCACUCCAAGUCCCACACGGAGGCCAAGCCCCACAAGUGCCCCCACUGCUCCAAGUCGUUUGCCAACUCCAGCUACCUGUCCCAGCACAUCCGCAUCCACAGCGGGGCCAAGCCCUACUCCUGCACUUACUGCCAGAAAACAUUCAGGCAGCUCAGUCACCUCCAGCAGCACACACGGAUUCACACCGGGGACCGGCCGUACAAGUGUAACCAUCCAGGCUGUGAAAAAGCUUUCACUCAGUUGUCCAACCUACAGUCUCACCGUCGGCAGCACAACAAAGACAAGCCGUUUAAGUGCCACAACUGUAACCGUGGUUACACAGAUGCUGCCAGUCUGGAGGUGCACCUGUCCACACACACAGUGAAGCACGCCAAGCUGUUCUCCUGCGGCCUCUGCAACCGAUCCUACACCUCGGAAACGUAUCUAAUGAAACACAUGAGGAAGCACAACCCCGACCCGCUAACAGUGGCAGCGACAUUAGCCGCUCAGCAGGCCCAGGGCCUCACACCGGGCGGAGGCAGGGGCAGAGGGCGUGGCCGAGGCAGAGGGGCUGGUGGAGGAGGUGCAGGCAGAGCGGGCCAGCUCCAUAGCCAGAACAACAACAGCCAGAACAACAACCCUGGACCACAAGGCAGCUACCAGCAAAGCCAGCAGCCCCCCGAGGCUGUGGUUCAGUGCCCGUUCGACCUGCACCAAUACAAGACAGUGUCAGCCAAUGAGAUCCAGUACAAACCGGUCACUGUGGCAGACCUGCCAGUGGCGCACAAAGACCUCUGCCUCACCGUCUCCACAUCAGCCAUACAGGUGGAGCACAUGAACUCAUAGGCCGAGUCUUUGAUUACUGAUUGAGUCCAUGGUGUAAAAAGGUCAAUAUAAAAAAGGUAAUUUAAUUCUAUUCAGUAUUAAGUUCUUCUUAAACAGGAAAAAAAUGGCUAUGUUGAAUCCCAAUACCAUUGUUUCCUUUAUUUUAAGAAGCUUUAAUGCUGAGUAGAAUAAUGAAUUACUUGUUAGAACACAGAUAUUUUACAAUGUGCUUCUCGAUUCCUGAGCCCACUUAUGCCAAGUAUCUCUCAGUAGAAAUGCUGGUGUUGGACACUGAUAUAAGCAGGUUAUUAUUUAGGCUAGAGCCACAUUCUUCCAGUUUGUAACAACUUAACAAAACCUAUUAUGAGAUCAGGUUUGGCUUUUACAUCAUUAUGAAUGAAAUGGUGAUUAAAUCCAGACCUGAAUUUCUCAAAAGCAUGUUUAAAUCUAAUUUCAACGAGUCAUUGGAGUUUUGUAAAACCGACCUAAUAUACUGAUCCAAAACCAGCAGUCCUCUGAGAAUUUUGAUAAAAGAGGCUCACUGGUGUCGUUUCUCUUUUUUAUUGCAUUGUUUGCAAUAGGCACCAUUGGAGGAUGAAGAUGUAAAAUAUCUGUACAUUUAAAAAUGACACUACUCUCUGCACGUUUAUGGUACAGGGAACGGUGUAAUUUUGAGCACAUUCAGAUCACAUUAAUCUGAACAUUCUCCAUUAUUUAGUUCAAGCCAAAACAAGAGAAAAAAACAAGAUAAGGUAAUCAGCACCGAAAAACUGUAAGGAAGGACUAAGUGAAUAAGUGGAGGACCUAUGAAUGACACCUUUGACUUCACAAGUUGGAUCGGAAAUGCUCAAUCGAAGCCUGAGAAAACACUACAACAGAAGAGGGGCUGGAGAAGGAAGAUAAAGAGGUGUUUUAUUGGGUCAGGCUAAAACCUGGAGCUUAUUCUUGAAGUGUUCACUUCACAAAUCAAGAGGGGGGCGGAAGAACCUUACUUUGCCAACUAGAAAGCACUUGAUGAAGCUUGUACUUCAUGUCUAUGUUUGUCAUUAUUGUACUUUUUUUUAAUAUAUCAUAUGUAUGUAUUUUUCUACCAACAGAGAGAAAGCAAAGUGAUGCAUGAAUGUGAAGGGAACAGAGAGAGGUCCUAACAGAGUGCUUUUGUCCCAUUUUUUUUUUUUUUUGGUUGCUAUUCAAAGAAAGUAGUAAAAAAAGAAAAGGCCCAACACAUCAUAGUCAGUUGUUGGGGAAAUAAUGAUUGUCUGAUCAAAAUGGCUGACAGGUACUGUUAUCAAUCCGUUUUUUUUUUUAAAGAAUGUUUCAUACAUAUUAUUACGACUUUCAUUAUAACUAUUUCAAAUGUUAUCCACAUUAUUAUCAAUCCGAGGCAUUAUAGUAUUGCAGUAUACUGUACAUAAAAUAGAUAGAAAAUACUUUUUUCAUCUGUAAAAGGGAAGUAUGUCCUGUGUAAAGCAUUUAUGGAACUAAAGGAACUCCUGUUAGCAUGUGCCGAACCAUUGGCUGCCUCCCAGGUCAUCUCGAUCAGAAAAUGCAAAAACAAUAAUUGCAAGGCCUGAGAAGUUUGGGAAAACCCCCAAAAGCAGGUGACACUAAGGGAAAAUAUUUGAUCUAAUUAUGAUGUGUUGGAUGACGCAACCUUUCCUGCAUUUUAAGCCCCGCCUUCCUUUUGCACGUGGUGAUAUUUAUUACAAUGAGGAUGUUACAUAAAAUGGUUUCCCCAAAUAACCCUUAGUGUGUAGCAGUAUAGAUAGGGUUAUUGCGGAAACAACAACCUUGAUCACCAAUGAGAAUUCCUUCAUUAACAUUUGAUCUAAGAGUAUAUUUUAAUGACUAAAUAAUAAAUCAGUGACCUGGGACACUGCUGCAAUGUUUUGGUGUACAAGCUAUCUCUACCCAAUCAAAAUGUUCAGGCAGCCUUUAACAAAGCAACUGCUUGUCUUCAUGUAUACUCCUUGUAUUUAAUUGUGAGUUUUUAUGAAAAAUAACAGAUUCUCAAUAUUCUUGUUAAUGUUAUUACUGAUGCUCCUGAUAAUAGUACAGUUAUUACCUGCCCUCUUAUGCUACACUCUCGCAUACUGUAUGCACAAUUACACCUCUUGCUCAUCUGAACAGACUGUUUCUUCCCCAAAGGAGAAUAAAGUUUGAAAAACAGUUUAUGAUGAAAAACUA